AUGGUAUUUUCCGGACGUGCCCGGAAAAAACAGAAAGUGGCCGAGCCACAUUCCACGGCCCCGGGGGACGCCUCUGCCCGGACUCCUCCCCGACCAACAGGGGGGAUUGUCAUCCGCGAGCCGCAGACCGAAGCCGGCACGGGGGGCGCAUCCUCCUCCCAAGUGGCUCCGGCGUGGGAGCCAAAGUUCCUUCUGGAUGGCAAACCAUUGCCAUCAACGGCCUCUGUCCGGAUAUGGGAUAAGGGCGAGGGCGGCCGCAUUGCCCAAACCUUGGCCGGAGCUCUCCAACUUCCCGAGGACGUGCACGCCUUUGAGGACGGGUCCGAGGAGUCCGUGGGGCGCCGGUUAGAGUGGCACGCCAUUGCGGCCGCUCAACUAGCUCACAUUGUGGCUGCCCGGGCACGGGAGCUUGACGAGGAAAAUGAGCGCGAGAAGGCGGCGCGGGAGGCAGCAGUAAAAACGGCAAAGGAAAAGGCCAAGAUUGCUGAGUCUGCCGAGAAUAAGGCUGCUGCCGCGGAGAAGUUCCGAGCAUCUGCCGAAAAGAGGUGUGCUGACCUCCUGGCCAGGCAAAAUGAGACUGAACUUAAACUGGCCCAAGCCCUCAGUCUCAACACUUCUCAUGCCGAGGAGAUAGCUGAUCUCAGGGCGGGCUUGGCGGCCGCGGAGCAGAAGUGGUACGACGUGGGCUUCGCCGACGCCGAGAACUCCGCAGAGCCGGUGGUGGCUCGGGCUCGGCAUAUGGGUUUCGAGGCCGGGUGGUAUGCUGCUCUUCAAGCAAUGGGAGUUCCUGAAGAUUCGCCGCUGAGAGACCCCGGCCAGAUUCCAUUUCCGAGUCCUGUACCAGCCAUCCAGAACGUCCCGGCUGCUCCAGAUGAGGAGGAGACGGCCAGUAUGAGGGAGUUGGUCGAGCAAAUAGACUCUCAUGCCGAGCCCGAGGAACUGGAGGCUACGAGCACACCGACCGUGCAGGAACUUCUUGACGAGGCCCAGCCUUUCUCCCUGAUCGUCCAACAGGAAGUGCCACCACCGACUCAACCCCCUAGUUGAUUUUAUUUUUAGCUUAUUUUUAUUUCGUUUUUAUUUGCCUAUGUCACCGGGAUGUGGUGAUUGAACCUUUGUUUUAAUUUAUUGGUUUUAUUUGCCUAUGUCACCGGGCUGUGGUGACUGAACAAUUUGCUUUUACUCUUUUAAUUGGAAGUCCGCUUUCUUUUCCUGUUUCAAUUUGGUUGAAUGAAAUUAUAUCCGUUUGUGCCCUGUUUGAAUCACACCAAUGCUAUGGCCGCUCAAUAGAAUGUACCCCCGAGAACCUGUUGUGCGGAGCUGUGAGUAGU